GUCCAGCCAGUGUACGUACCUAACUCUAUGUAGUGUACGUAUGAUGUGCAGUGAUAAGAUAAGACUUUUCAAGCAAAAGCCCCACUAAAAAAAGUUGCGAAGGAAAAUCAAUGGAAUCGGAUGGCAAUCGUUCAGCACUGCAGCCAAAGCCUGAAGACUGAAGACCGAAGACUUGGCUCUGCCUGUCUUGAUCAACCACUUUUUCAACAUCUUCCUACCUCUACCUUCUUCAUUGUAAUCCCGCCACCACAACAGAGCUCGAAAUGGCCAACAAGAGAAAAAGAGAUAAUGCGCCCGAGAGCGAACCUGUCGGGAAAACAGAACAGCAAUCAACCAAGAAAGUCAAGGCCCCAGCGCCGACCAAGGCUGCGCGCGCCAGCUCUAACUCCAGCACUUCCGCGACCCCAUUCAAAGUGGGCAACACCUCCCCGAUAACUAUCCAAGUCGUCGCCGGCUCCUACGAUCGCGUCCUUCACGGUAUUACCGCCACCGUUACUCCCACGACCACUACUACAACCACUGCUACCCCCUCGAAGAACAACAAGAAGAAGGCCGCCGCCGCCGAAUCCAAACCCUCAUACAAAGUCUCCUUUGCCGACACCUUCCUCUUCAACGCCCACGCCUCCGCCAUCCGAUGCCUCGCCCUUUCCCCUCCCUCGGCGCCCACGCCCGGCCAGAAGGGCGGUCAGAAGGUCCUGCUAGCCACGGGCGCCACCGACGAGCGCAUCAACAUCUACAACAUCUCUGCGCACCCGCCCUCCGCCAAGGCCGCUGACGACCAGAAGCUUCUCAACAGCAUCACCCCCCGCCCGGUUCUCGAGAACCCCAAGAACCGCGAGCUCGGCACACUCCUGCACCACUCCUCCAACAUCACCCGCCUCGUCUUUCCCAACCGCUCCAAGCUGCUUUCGGCCUCGGAGGACUCCACCGUCGCCGUUACACGCGUCCGCGACUGGGCGUUGCUGCAUACCUUCAAGUGCCCCAUUCCCAAGGCGCAGGGCAGGCCGUCGGGCGACACGGCUGCGCUGGGAGCGGUUCCCGCGGGUGUCAAUGACUUUGCGGUGCACCCGAGCAACAAGAUCAUGAUUAGCGUUAGUAAAGGCGAGAGGAGCAUGCGCUUGUGGAACUUGGAGACGGGCAAGAAGAGCCGCGUGCUGAACUUCCCCAAGGAUGUUUUGAUGGAGAUUGGUGAGGGAAAACACAGCACGGGCGAGGCGAGAAGGAUCGUGUGGGGCGAGGACGAGUUUGCGGUUACUUUUGAUCGCGAUGUGCUGGUGUUUGGCAUGGACUGUCGCCCGAGGUGCAGGGUCAUGAGGGAGGAUGUGGUGGGGACCAAGAUGACAAAGGUGCACGAGAUCAAGUAUGUCAGUCUUGGCAAGGAGGAGGGACAAGAGGAGGAGAAGCAUCUCCUGGCGGUGGCGACGGAGGAUGGGAGGAUAUUGUUCUUUGAUACAGCUGAGUCCGAGUUGAUUGAGCCACCUGCUCCCAAGGAAGAGGAGCAGCAGCAUAAGACAAAGCUCUUCGAAUCCAAGACGCCCAAUGCCAAGCUGAUCGCUCAGCUUGGCGGCAAGACGGCCGGCGUGUCGGGUAGAGUUAAGGAUUUCAUUAUUCUCCCCGUGGAGGACGAGGAAAGCGGUAAGAGGUCGUGGUUCGUUGCCAGCGCAGGCAGCGAUGGCCGCAUCAGGAUCUGGCGUCUUGAGAGCGGCGACCUUCGUGUUGGCAAGGAGGAGCGCGUCAAGGCCGACAGACAGGUCGGCGAGCUGUUGGGCACGUACGAGACGGAGAACAGAAUCACUUGCUUGGGCGCGUUUGUCAUGAUACCCAGACCCGAGGGAUCGGUCGAGAGCGAGUAUGAGUUUGAUAGUGAGGAGUCGGAGGAUGAGGAGUCAGAUGACGAGUAGAGCAGUAGUAUGGGAUUGGAGGUGAUGUUUUAUUUGUUUAGCAUAGUAAUUGAUGUACAAAGAAAGGAUUGGUCAUGACCUCUCACGGAGUUGGGAUAAUGUAUUGGGAAUGUGUGAUUGACACUAUGUUGGUCCUUGAGAUGUCUAUUCGUGUUGUACC